AUGUUCACAUCUGGAAUCAUUUACCAAUUGAACCCUAAUACCUGUUCUCUCCUCCUCGCCGUCGACCCUCACACUCUUUCGGUUCAUCUUCGAUCACCGUCUUGCCGGUUGUCUCCAUCGUCGUUCUCGAUCAGCGUCUCCCCGUCACUCCGUGUAUUUGAAACAGAUAUCGCGAAUGGGCUAUUUUUAAUCCAGCACCAUUUACCCCAUGGAUUUCACACACGUGCUCCAAUAAUUUCCUUCACUUCCAUAAACUCAACAUGGUUGACCAGAAAAUUCAGUCAACCCGCAAAACAAACACAAGAAGCCGAAGAAGAAGAAAUAGAAAUCGACCAAAAACGUCUUCCAACCGAUUACGACCCCGCAACAUUCGAUCCAACCGAACACCGGAGCCCACCAACAGACCGUGUUUGGAGACUCGUGGACGAAAUGUCAUCGCUCACAUUACUCGAAGUGGCCGAACUCUCUUCAAUUAUGAUGAAAAAAUUGGGCAUGAAAGAGCCGCCGGUGGUGGCGGUGAUGAAACCGGGUGCCGCCGGUUUAGCCGCUGCGGGAGCUGGCGGUGGGCAGGCGGCGGCUAAGGAGGAGGUGAAGCCGGAAAAGUCGGUUUUUGAAUUGAAGUUGGAGUCGUUUGAGGCGGCUUCGAAGAUUAAGAUUAUUAAGGAGGUUAGGAGUUGUACUGAUUUAGGGCUUAAGGAAGCCAAAGAUUUGGUUGAAAAGGCACCGGUUGUGUUUAAGAAAGGGGUGAGUAAAGAAGAAUGUGAGCAAAUAAUUGAGAAAAUGAAAGGUGUUGGUGCUAAAGUUGUGAUGGAGUAG